AUGGGUGCCUACAAAUACGUCGAGGAGCUCUACAAGAAGAAGCAGAGCGAUGUGCUCCGAUUCCUUCUCCGAGUUCGCUGCUGGGAGUACCGUCAGCUGAACGUCAUCCACCGCACCUCGCGCCCUUCGCGACCCGACAAGGCCCACCGUCUGGGCUACAAGUCGAAGCAGGGUUACGUUGUGUACCGCAUUCGCGUUCGUCGCGGUAACCGCAAGAAGCCCGUUCCCAAGGGUGCCACUUACGGCAAGCCCGUUCGUCAGGGUGUGAACCACCUCAAGUACCAGCGUUCGCUCCGCGCCACUGCUGAGGAGCGUGUGGGUCGCAAGUGCUCGAACCUGCGCAUCCUCAACUCGUACUGGAUCAACCAGGACGGCGUGUACAAGUACUUUGAGGUCAUCGCGGUUGACCCUCAGCACAAGGCGAUCCGUCGCGACCCUCGCAUCAACUGGAUCGCCAAGGCCGUCCACAAGCGCCGCGAGUGCCGCGGUCUCACCGCCACCGGCAAGAAGAGCCGUGGCCAAGGAAAGGGUCACCGCUACAACAAGACCCAGGGCGGCGGAAAGAACUCGACCAUCAGGAAGAGGGAUACCCUCCAGCUCCGCCGAUACCGUUAA